GGUCGGUAGGGAGACAUUGUCGCGCGCUAGAAAACGGCCAAAACGGCGGCAAGUUUGAAGUGACGAGGAUAAAACCGUUAUUACCCGCUAGUGUCUGAAAAAUUAGAUCGGUGGUGUGGGUGUGUUGGGCGCAGGAUCUCUCUUGUGUGUUGAGGACUGUCCUCCCUGGCUGAGGAAUUAUGCUCUAGGAAGGACAGUGUCAAGCUAGUAUAAGUACUUAGAGGCUAGAGGGGCGGCCAUGUCGACGGAGGUGGCGGUCAUGCAGAAGCCACUCAAGGUGGAGGUGCAGAGUCCACUGAAACCGGAGGUUCUGAAGCCCUCCAACGCCGCCAACCUACAAAAUAUCACCAACAGAGCGGUCAGCAUAUCCGCGAAAAUCCCUGUCAUCACCAGCAAAAUCACCUCCAGCUCCGUCACUAAGCUAACUGAGAGCUUCAGCAAAAACGGAUUAGGGAAAGUCAACCUCAGGAUUCAACCAGUCUCCUCCAAAUGUACUGUGAUCAAAUCGUCUUCUCCCCAGAACACCAAAUCUCCCUUGAAGCCUCUCACGCCCAUCAGACCCUCUCCAACAACUAAGAACUCCAUCACCUCCACCGUCUCCAACUCCAUCACAAGAUCCCCAACCUCUUCAGCUGUUACAACCCUUGUCAAAACGCCUACCUCCGUCGGUAAACAUUUAGAGUCGUCGUCUCUAUCUUCUCCUUUUCCUGUGUUCCUUUCGUCUCCUUCGUCGUCCCCGAGUCUAAGUUUGUCACCAUCGAAGUGCAGAAGAAGAAUUAGUUACUCAGACUCCGAAGUUCGUCUUCCAGUCUCCAGAAGAAAUGCCAGAGAGCGAAAUAGAGUCAAACAAGUGUCGCAGGGGUUCGCCAUUCUUCGCCAGCACGUUCCUCAGGCCGCCCGCAAGAAGAAGCUGAGCAAAGUGGAGACUCUGCGUUGUGCCGUGGACUACAUCCGUGGUCUCCAGCUGCUCCUGGACGACCACCCGCCGACCACCCAGCCACCCUCACUCGUGCCCACCCCAGUCGCCACCCACCUCCACCAACACCAUCUCCAGCACCAUCACCAUCAGCAGCAGCAGCUGCUGCAUCAACAUCCCCAGGUGUUCUUGCAGGCCCACCCUGCUAUAGAGUCGCAUAUCCUGAAGCUUCCUGUGGUGGAUGAGACCUUCCAGUCACCAGCCUCCCUCAGAUACGAUGGUGUUGCUGGAGCCUUUCUGAGGACCUCUCCAUCGGAUUCUGAAGAAGGACAGUCCCCCGCGCACACCUUUUACAACGACAAACUGUCGUCUUCAACCACCUCGCCGUCUUCAUCGUCGUCCUCCUCCCUGGGCGUGGGCGUGGGCGUCAUCAAGAGCGAGGGUGAGGAGACGAGGAACUACGGCCGGGAGGAACAAGACCUGCUGGAAGCCUUGGCAUGGUGGCAGCACAAUAUCCAACCAUAGGGUAGGAGUGCGGGCGUUUGAAUGGGCAUGCGGACGUUUGGAUGGGCGUGUGGGCGCUUCGAUGGGCGUGUGGGCGUUUGAAUGGGCGUGCGGGCGUUUGAAUGGGCGUGCGGGCGUUUCGAUGGGCGUGUGGAUUCUCAACUGAUCUGUGGAACGACUAUGGGAGUACAAGUGAAUAAGAAAAGUGCUCAUAUAAACACACGACUCAAAAUACAAACGCAGCUGUUACAAAACUUAAGGAAAACUUACGAAACACUUCACGAAAAAAAAUAUAAACAAAAAAAAUUGUGACUUAUCCUCCAGAAAAAAAAAACUGGCGUUGAAAAAUUCCGAUGAGUGAAAUACAUUGGUGUGAAAAAAAACAAAAUAUUUCACAGUUCCUAAACGAUAUUGUAAUUACAAUACAAAAAAUCCCCAGGAAACUUGCACUGCCUGACUUCAAAAAAAAAAAAAAAGAUAUAA